CUCUGAGAUAGGUUCCUCUCUUGCCUAGGCUGCAGGCUUCUGGUUCCCAGGUGCCAGACUCAGCCCUCCUUUCUUCCACUUCACCAUGGCCAACAUCACACAGAAGCCGCUCUGUCCGCUCUUGGAGGAAAUGAUCCAGCUUCCAAGCCACAGCAACUCUAGCAUCCGCUAUAUUGACCACGUGUCGGUCCUGCUGCAUGGGCUGGCUGCGCUGCUGGGUCUGGUGGAGAACGGACUCAUCCUGUUUGUGGUGGGCUGUCGAAUGCACCAGACGGUGGUCACCACCUGGGUGCUGCACCUGGCACUAUCCGACUUGCUAGCAGCCGCUUCCCUGCCCUUCUUUACAUACUUUCUGGCGGUGGGCCACUCGUGGGAGCUGGGUACCACCUUCUGCAAGUUUCAUUCCUCGAUCUUCUUUCUCAACAUGUUUGCCAGCGGCUUCGUGCUCAGCGCCAUCAGCCUGGACCGCUGCCUGCAGGUGGUGCGGCCGGUGUGGGCACAGAACCACCGCACGGUGGCGGUGGCACACAGAGUCUGCCUGAUGCUUUGGGGUCUGGCGGUGCUAAACACAGUACCCUAUUUUGUAUUCAGGGACACCAUCACACGGCUGGACGGCCGUAUCAUGUGCUAUUAUAACAUGCUGCUCUUGAACCCAGGGCCAGAUCGCGAGGGCACAUGCAACUACCGCCAGAAGGCCCUGGCGUUGAGCAAGUUCUUGCUGGCUUUCGUUGUGCCUCUGGCCAUUAUCGCCUUGAGCCACGUGGCCGUGAGUCUACAACUGCGCCACCGUGGCCGCCAGAGGAAAGGCCGCUUCGUGCGUCUGGUGGCCGCCAUCGUGGCGGCCUUUGUGCUCUGCUGGGGACCCUACCAUAUCUUCAGUUUGUUGGAGGCAUAUGCACAUGCUGUCACCACGCUAAGGCAUCUCGCCUUACGUGGGCUGCCCUUCGUCACGAGCCUGGCUUUCUUCAACAGCGUGGUCAAUCCCCUGCUUUACGUGCUCACCUGUCCGGACAUGAUGCACAAACUAAGGAGCUCACUGCGUGCGGUGUUUGAAAGCGUGUUGGUGGAUGACAGCGAUUUGAGUGGUGGGCCUGGCAGCCGCCGCCGUCGUGCCUCCUCCACUGCUACCUCAACCUCCACCCUCCUACUGUCUGGCCGGCUUCCCCCACUGCAUCCUUCACGCUUGAUUCGCUGGAUGCGGGGUGGUGGUACAGAGACUCAGCAGAGGGUCCCAGUGCAGUCCCAGAAGUGA